AUGGUCGGAGUUAGAAACGGUCGCCAAACACUUGCGUUUCUCAGUGCGAUCGACUUUUUGACCGGCGAUGUGCUUAUAAGUCGCUACGUUAACCCAUCUGAAGAGGUGGUUGACUGGAGAUAUAAGUUCAGUGGCGUGACACAGGCCAUCAUGGCCAGCGCCGUUGCCUCUGGUGCAGCGUUUAAAAGCUGGCGAGAGGCACGCGAUGCAUUAUGGGACUUUAUGGACGAUUCGACUGUGUUGGUUGGCCAUUCGCUCCACUUCGACCUCGAAGUACUAGGCAUAUCUCAUGCAAAAGUUGUUGAUUCUGCGAUCUUGACUUCUGAGACCGUCUACCCUUCGAUACCAUCAACGAAGCCAUUGACCCGCCAGUGGGGGUUGAAAAGACUUGCGAAGGACCUUUUGGACUUGGACAUACAGGCUGGGAAUUGCGGGCAUAAUGCUCUGGAAGAUGCGUAUGCAGCACGGGAUGUCGUCAUCUGGUGUAUCAGGAACCCAGAGGAUCUUAAAGUAUGGGCAGUAAAUGCCCAACUUCAGGAAGAACAAAGACUCGCACAGAACCGACAAAGGAAUGGUAAAGGCAGGUCCAAGGGCAAAUUUCCUGCCACGCAGUCUACUCAAAAAUGGGGACAUAAUACGGGAUUUUAUGAGAGCUCCGAAGAGAUUCGAUGGUCGGAUUUCGCGGAGGAGUUGGGAUGGCCCGACGGAUAUGAUCCUUGGUCUGAUUGA